AUGGAUGAACUCGAUGAUGGCGCUGUCGCCCCUCUCGAAACCACCCACGGAAAGAAAAACCUAACCCAAGACGCCCAAAACAAAGAAAACACACACCACAACUUUGAAAAGAAGGAGGGACAGAUAGAUCUACGGGCCCUCCCGCGCACGGCCCUCAUUGACAUCGUCCUGCACUACCUCAAUGCGUGUGAAAACCCUCAGCUCGUUUCCGCCGAUGAGGAGCACUUCAUCUUUCCUGUCCUCAUCGAGCGAUUAAAAGAGCUUCACGUGGGGGAAUUGUUGGAGAUCGUCCAGGUGCCUUAUGCGCGCUCGACAUUACUGCGGUACGGCCUCGCGUUGAAGGAUUUGAUUCGCGAUCGAAUCGCGCAGAUCACCUCGGCGGCGGCCCGACAACAGCACCUCGCGGCGUCCACUACUUCCGCGGAAAAAACUGAAGAUUCUGCGCCCCCGACGGACGGUGAGGGCGCCGCGGUAUUAUUAUACACCUUUGAGAAGGAGGACGCGGAUCGUUUGCGCACGGAGGAUCCAAUUUUGGCCGACGCGCUCACAGAGAUGAGCGCCGAGCAGGUAAUUAGGUGCAUCAUUGUAAUGGGCUUCGACGCGGGUCGGCGGAAGCGUGAUUUGGAGUUCUUCACAGCCCUCGGGUCGUUCCUGGUGUUCUUCAUUAACACCUACAAGAACCCGUCGGACCUCGUCCGCGUGCUUUCCGCCCUCAGUCGCGCGAAAAUUAUACCACCGAAGAGUUUUCUUGCCCUCCUCGCACGGCGGCUUCCGGUUUUGCACAAGAAAAACCCGCUAGAGCCGUUGAUGUGCUAUCGCGCGAUGGUGAACUUCGCGCGGAUGGGCCACGACCAGAUCACUGUCUACCGCUUUCUCGCCGAUGUCAUGUUCGCGCGGAUGGAGCAAAACCUCGCGGCGGAGCGUCUUGCAGUUGGCGGGGGGGGGCUUUCUCCUGCCUUUAAAGCCCCUGGGGUUGCAACAGCGACUCCUCCUGAAGGUGUAACAGCAACCCCUCCUGAAGGUGUAACAGUGACUCCUCCUGAAGGUGUAACAGCAACCCCUCUUGAAGGUGUAACAGUGACUCCUCCUGAAGGUGUAACAGCAACCCCUCCUAGGGCUGCAACAGCGACUUCCUCUAAGACUAUAAAAGCGACCUCUGCUGCCGCUCCUUCUCCUCUCUCGGCGCGGGCGCGUUUGACGCUCCUGAGCGGGCUUACCCCCGCGUGCUUCACGCGCUGGCUUGCCAUCCUCGCGCAGCUCGGCGCCCCCCAUCAACCCUACCUCCGCCCGCUGCUCCGUCCGUUAGUGGUGCCCGCGCUGACGGGGCUGCCCCCGCCCAGCUUCUCCCGGCUUCUCCACGCGGCCCGACGCUUCCGCGCUGGGGAUGCCGUCCUCGUCGAGGGCGUUGUGGCUCUCCUUUCGCGCACGGGAAAGAAGGGAGGCGGGCCGCGGCCGGCCGACCUCAUCGCACUGCUUAGCCUCCUCUCCGUCACUGACGGCGCAGUGCCGGAGAACUUCGACGAGCUCGCGCGGCUCUGCCGGGAUGGCCUCUCCCCACCUGAGGAGAAUGAAAGCAAUCGUGAAGAUGAAAAUGAAGAGGAGAAAGAAAAACAUGAAGAAAAGGGAAAAGGGGGGGUGUUCCUCCGCCCGAAGGAGAUGUGCGAUGUGGCGAUGGCGGUCUAUGUGCUCGGGCGCCGGACCGACCUCGAACUCGCGGCGUUGGCCCCGCUGGAGGGGCUGAUGGAGAGCUUCGCGCGGCGGAUGACGGUGAUGAUGAACUUCGGCCUCGCCCCACUCCCCGCCGUCGACGCCUUCGCGGAGCUCUGCACGGCGCAGCUCCACCCCGAUCCCUCCGGCAGCAUCGCGCGGAUGGUCGAUAAGCGGCGCCAGAUCAGCCAACAAACAGGCGAGGCCGCGUCUUCGUCCCUUUCUUCAGGCUCACAGGGGAAUCUGACGAUAAUUGCAGGGGAGGAGCUCUACGAGAGCGCGAUCGAUAUCGACGUCCGCGAGGUCAUCCGCGGCAUCUGCGCAGUAAAUGAGAGCAACACCUACGGUGGUUACCGCCCGCUCCCGGGGCCUUUGCAGGUCGAUUUUCGCGAGCUUCUGGCAAAAUCCUCGGCGAUGGAUAUUUUGGUCGCCCUCGACAUCUUCGAGCAGGCCUUCCCCAAAUCGUUGAAGAUCUCCACUGGUCGGUUUCUUACGCGAAGUCUGCUCGCGAAGUUCAGCGGAGAAGGUGAGGAGGUAAUCGCAGCAGAGCAUACUCUGGAAAUUCGAAAAGUAUCGCCAGAGCUUUUGCUUACGCGGGAAGGGCUUUUACAGCUUGCUCAGCUCGUCCGACGAACACCGUUGAAGAAGGUUCGCCGUUCCGAAAAGGUAUGGAGUUUUAUUUUAACGAAGGCGAAAAACUUAGGGAUGGAGGACGUAGAGGCGGUGAAAUUCAAACAAUUCGAAAAAAAGGAUAAGGAAGUGGGAGAAGGUGUAAUGUCGAAUGCAAAAGCCACUGCGGUAUCUAUUGAGGCUCACGGAUGA